CACAACUAGCACGUGCUCGAGCACCAGUGACUGUGCGCACUCACACAUGGCCUUACAUCAUUCAUUCAGCGGCCAGCUGCGGGUCUGUGCACACGUCCAUUGGGGUCGGAUCUGGCUCUUUUGUAAGGACAACUCCGCAAACGCGAUCCACUGAACCUGAGACUCGUUUUGGGAUUGUAGAGAAGUCAUGGCAGGAAACAGAGGUCGCGGAAGGAGCCAGUUCACCUUCAAUGUGGACGCUCUCGGAUUUGGGAGGGGUGAUUCUUUACCCUCAUCUGCACAGACACCUUCUCCUCUUUUCCCUCCCAUGCAGUUUAGGCCAGUGCCUCUGCAUACAGGAGAAGAGGUGGACUACAUGCUCGCUCUUAAGCAGGAGCUGAGAGCCUCCAGCAAGAACCUGCCGUUCCACAUAAAAGCAGCCAGAACAAAGACAGAUGUGGCACGCUACUCUGAUAAAUAUCAAAACGGAGAGCCGAAGAACAACUGCAUUGAAUGGAGUCCAGACUGGAGCCGAAUGCCAAAAGAGCUUUGCAUUAAAGUACGGAAAACAAGGAAAACUGCUAUAGGUGCCAGACCACAACUCACGCCAAAAGUUGCUGCUAAAAAAGAAGAGGUUCUCCAAAAACUAGAGACCCUUGAGAAAAGAGAAGAAGAGCAGCAUUCUGAGGAAGAGGAGGAUGAAGAGAAGAAGAAAAAGAAUGACGAGGAGGAGGAGCCGGAUGCGGAUGAAGACUACGAUGAAGAGGAGCUCGAAGAUGAGACAGACUACAUCAUGUCCUACUUUGACAACGGAGAGGAUUUUGGAGCGGAUAGUGAUGACAAUAUGGACGAAGCUGUCUACUAGUGUAUUUUAUUUAAAGCUCUUCUCGCUGGGGGAUGAAUAUUUCUGUGAGUGAGAGUGAAAGUAUGUGUUUCAAGAAGAAGCGUCUUGAUUCAAGCCCUCUCUGUGUGCUACACAUACUGACUGUGAUAGUGACUGGUGUUGUAAAGAUCCAGAGACAGAGAGGGAGUGCUGCUGCUAAAGAUGCUGUUGUGUGAUUUACAAGCUGCUUCACUGAUCCAUACCGAUAUACUGCUGCUGCUGCUGCUGUUCAUUAUGUGACUGAAACACAAUCUGCUCUUAAUUUUUUAGUAUUUUUCGGACUAUAAGUUGCACCUAAGUAUAAGUCGCAUCAGUCCAAAAAUACGUCAUGACGAGGAAAAAAACAUAUAUAAGUCGCACUGGACUAUAAGUCGCAUUUAUUUAGAACCAAGAAC